AUGGCGUCGCCGAAAAGUAGUGACUGGAUUUGCGAGAAAGCUACGCUUCUGCUGAAGAGCGUGUUUGGCUUCAGUGAGUUCCGACCCGGUCGAUUGGAAGCUAUACGAUCAGUGGUACACGGAAACGACACGGUUGUUCGCUUGACGACCAGCGCUGGGAAGUCACUGUGUUACCAGCUACCUCCACUCAUUGCGGGUAGUAAUUUGUGUUGCCUGGUAAUAAGUCCGCUGCGUGCACUGAUGAAUGAUCAGAUGGAGAAAUUGAAGCAUCUUGGGCUCAGAGCUGCGUCAUUUGUCCAUCCGGGAGAACUAAAAGUCCAAUUCGCACAACUACACAGACUUAGACAGUUUGCAACAUGUCCAGUGAUGGUGCUUACAGCAACAGCAACAAAGGCUACCAUUGAUGUCAUAGCUGAGAGAGUUGGGCUUGAUCAUCCCAAAGUUAUCAGAGGAUCCUUAAACAGAUCUAACUUGUUUUUUCUGUUCAUGAAGAAAAAGGCAACAACUGAGUUCAGUUUAAUGCCUAUUAUUGAAGACCUACGACAAGAAAGCAAUGACUUCAAAAAGACGGUUAUCUUUGUUCGAACAAAGGAAUCAGCCACUGCCAUUUGGCAGAUGUUGUCGAAGACUGGGCUUGCAGAAAUACACCAUUCUUCUCUCACCACAGAGAGAAGAAGACAGUCAGAGAGCCAGCUCAAAAAUUCACAGGUCUCGGUAGUUGUUGCUACCAUUGGAUUUGGCAUGGUAUCUUACAACAUAGAUAUAUCUAAAUGUGAAUGCCAUGCAGUUAUUCUGAUAGAAUUGCGGUUUCAAUCUAUUUCAGGGAAUCGACAUAAAAGACAUCCGAUUGGUAAUCCUCUAUGGGCUACCUGACUCUAUUCCACAGAUGUUCCAGGUAUUUUUUAUCCAUGGUGUGUGACCAUGCCUGCACAAUUGUGUAGCUAUUGUGUACAGAUGUUUGGAAGAGCUGGACGAGAUGGGCUACCUGCUACUACUGUACUGUUGUACAGACCAUCUGAACUAAAAGCAAAAUGUGUAAAAGAUGACUUGAAAAGUUUGGUCAACGGUAAAAGAUGCAUUAGAAGUGUAUUUAUGGCAGCCUUGGACUCCGACCUGACAGAACAAGGGGGUUUGCCUUGCUGUAGCACUUGUCUUACUCACAGCCAGGAUCCCAACAGACUGUUUGUCUACUCACACCAUCCUUCACAGCGGAGAAGUAAUAAAAGAAGUCAUGUUCAGGUGACUGACGAGACUUUGGUGAGAAGGAACACAUUUCUACUAUGUAUGAGGUAUAAAUUUUCCUUACCCUACUUAUAUCUAUAGCCUGAAGAC